AUGCUAAAGAGGUUCUCUCGCCAUUCUAAUAAUAAUCAUAAUUAUAAUAAUGGUAAAGAUCAAUUAUAUCCAAUUUUCACAGAAUCUUAUUGGCAAUGGUAUAUUGAAAGUUAUUUAAAAGUUGAUAAAGAAACUGUUAUAAAACAUACUCCAUAUAAUAUAAAUAAAUAUACUGAUAAAUCACAAGAAGUUAUAAAAAUAAAAAAUUAUUUUGAAUUUUUACAAUUAAAUAUACCAUGUACUUUGGAAAUUAUUGCAAUAUUAAAAUCACCUUUAACAGGUGGAGAUUUAAAUAAAUCAUUUUAUAUAUUAAGAAUUUUUCAAUUAUGUUCAGAAGGUUUAUUUUUAACAAAUUUAAGAAUUGAUAAAUUAGGUAAUAAAUUAAAAUUUGUUGGAGCAGAAAAUUGGGAUAAUGUAAUGUGUUAUAUGGAUGCUUUAUUUUUUGCAAUGUUUGCAAAUUUAGAAAGUUUUGAACCAAUUUUAUUUAUACCAAAUCAUCAUGAUAAAUUAAUUAAUCAAUUAUCUGCAUUAUUAAGAAUUUAUGUUUCAUUAUUAAGAUCUGGUUAUUUAAUAACAACUGAUUUAACUGCAAGAAUUUGUGAAGGAUUGUUUAAAUUAGGAUUUAAUGAAGCAAUAAGUCAUAAACAACAAGAUUCUGCUUCAUUAUUUGAAUUUUUAACUGAAGUUUUAAAUAUGCCAUUACUUACUUUUAAAGUUGAUAUAAAACAUGGUGGAAAAUUUAAUAAAAAAGAUGAUGAAAAAUUUUCAAAAGAAAGAAUUUUAUUUGUAAGUAUACCAAAUGAUGAAGUUGAAUCUGAAAUUAUACCAAAAUUUACAGAAACUGAACAUUUAGAAAAUUUAGAAAAUUCAAUACCAAGUUUAAAACUGCAAAAAUCAGAAAAUGAAGAUUCCAUAUUAUUAGAAGAAUGUUUAGAACAUUAUUUUAAUAAUUCAAUAAGUGUUAAAAGAGAAUUAGAAAGAAGGGCUUCAUUGAGUAGUGUUCCAAAAGUUACUUCAAACUUUGACGAAAUACCUGAAAAUUCACAGAUAAAUAAUAAUAAUAAUAAUUUCAACAACAAAAAAGAUUAUUUUGAUGAUCAUAAACAUAGUAUAGAGUUAGUUGAAGAUAUAAAUGAAAGACCACCACUUAAUAGAGAUAGAUCAGAUAGUAGGAAAAGUAAUGGAGUUAGAAUUGGGGUUAGAACAAGAUCUUCAACUUUAUCAAUAUGGUCAUUAAAUGAAGAUGGAAAAUCAAAUACAUCAAAAGUUAAAGAAGUAAAUUUACCAGCUUGGAUGUUUUUAAGAUUAUUACCGUUUUAUACUGAUGAUAAUGUAGCAACUGAUGAUUUAGAAAGUGCGGCAAAGUCAUCAAAAGAAUUUGCAAAUAGAAGACCAAUAUUACCAAUUUGUUUGAAAAGAUAUGAAUUUGUUUCAGGAGAUUCAGCUGGUACUAGAUCUCAAAAACGGAUUAUUAUUCCACCAUUUAUUGAUUUACCUGAUUUUGUUGCUGAUGAUAUUGAUGAACCAGCUUGUUCUUUUAGAUUAAUUUUAGAAAGUGCUGUUUGUCAUAGAGGAAAAUCAAUUGAACUGGGUCAUUUCAUAUCAGUUGUUAGAAAAAAUGUUGAAAAAAUUAAUCAAACAGAAGAAGAAGCUAAUAAUUCAAUUUGGUAUUUUUAUGAUGACAUGAAAAAGAAUCAUAGGGUUAUUGAAAAAUCAUUUAGUGAAAUUUUUAAUACAGAAUGGCCUUACAUGUUAUUUUAUAGAUUAGUUUCAACUAAUGAAUCAAGUACAACAUCAUCAUUAAAAAGUAAUAUUGUUCCACCAAAUGGAUUUAAAGCUCAAUAUUGGUCAGAUGAAGCAGUGAAUGUAGUUGCAAAUCCACCAAAAGUUUUAUCACCAAUUUUAUCAGCUGAAGAUUCAAUACCUACACCAACAAUAACAACGACAUCACCAAAAUUAACAACAACAUCCCCCACACCAACACCAACACCAGAGAAAAAAACUUCUUUAGCUGUAGUUACCUCAUUACCACCAACUGAUCCAAAAUAUGUCGAUAUCAAAAAUAGAUAUUAUUGGUAUAUAACUGAUGCUGAUAAAAAUUAUUAUAAGGAGGAGCCAACGAUAUUAAAAGAUGGAAAUUCUUCAAUGACAUUAAGUCCACAAUUUAGAAGAAACAGUCAAUGGAGUAAUUUCUCAAAUAUAAGUAAUAUUUGUUUAGAUAAAAAACCACUGCAACAACUUAAUGAGCAACGUUUAAGUUCUGAAACCACAACAUCCCAAGAAGCUACAAUAAAACCAACAACCGAAAUAAAAGCAAAUAAUGAAUCAAGUGGUGAAUCAACUUUAAAUUCAUCAGUUUGGAGAAAAUCCAUAAAAAGAUCACCAAAUGUUAAUUUAGAUUCAAGUGAAUCAUUAGGAGAAUUAAGAAAAUUAGUAUCACCAAUGGAUCUUGAUGAUUCAAAAAAUGCAUUUCCCCACACAGUUAGAAAUUUACAAAUUGAACAAAAAAAACAUAAUAGCAUAAAUAAUCACAGUCAUCAUUUAUUUCAUAGAUCAAAAAACAAAAGAGAAGCAUAUAAAAAGGAAAAAUGUAUAAUUACAUAG